AUGGAAAAAUCCAAAAAUUUCCGCAUCGACGCUCUGCUGGCUGUCGACCCCCCCAAGGCAGCGGUGGCGGCGGGGCAGACGGCGCCGCUGGCCCUGGUCACCUCGCUGGGCGGCAGCGGCAGUAGCAGCAGCGGGAGCGGCAGCCCCCCGUCCUCCUCCUCCUCUUCUUCCUCAUCAUCAUCCUCCUCCUCUUCAUCCUCUUCCUCCGAGCAUCCCGCCGGCGGCCCCGCCGACUGCCUGCGCACCGACAGCCCCUCUCCGCCGCGCCUCCUGGCCGCCCACUGCGCCCUGGUUCCCAAACCGGGCUUUUUGGCCGGUACCGGCGCCGGUCCCCAUCCGCAUCACCACGCCUCGGCGGCCGGUAUGGCCCUGGGACUGCACCCCGCGGCGCCCGGCGGGCCGGGAAUGCCGGCGCAGGCGGCUCUCUACGGGCACCCGGUGUACGGGUACUCGGCGCUGGGCGGGCAGCACCCGGCUCUCUCCUACUCCUACUCGCAAGUGCAGGGGGCUCAUCCAUCCCACCCCGCCGCCGACCCCAUCAAGCUCAGCGCCGGCACCUUCCAGCUGGACCAGUGGCUACGAGCCUCCACCGCCGGCAUGAUCCUCCCCAAAAUGCCCGACUUCAACUCCCAGGCACAGUCCAACCUGCUGGGGAAGUGCCGCCGGCCCCGCACGGCCUUCACCAGCCAGCAGCUGCUGGAGCUGGAGCACCAGUUCAAGCUCAACAAGUACCUCUCCAGACCCAAGCGCUUCGAGGUGGCCACGUCCCUGAUGCUCACCGAGACGCAGGUGAAGAUCUGGUUCCAAAACCGGCGCAUGAAGUGGAAGCGCAGCAAGAAGGCGAAGGAGCAGGCGGCGCAGGAGGCCGAGAAGCAAAAGGGGGGCAGCGGGGAGGACAAAGGGGACGAGGACCUGCUGCUGCCGCCACCCCCGGAGAAGAGCAGCGGGAGGAGGAUGCGGGACCUGCCCGACAGCGAACCGGAGGACGAGGAAGAGGAGGAGGAGGCAGAAGAGGCGACGGCGGCUGCAAUCGGGAGAUGCUGCCCCUACCACUCCUCCGACUGCUCCGAGGUGGAUGAGGAGGACGCUCAGCCCCGGGGCCGGCACGGAGCCCCGGCACAGCCCCAGUGAGACCCCCCCGCACACCCCGAGGGCUCUUCCAGCCCCUCCGAGUGGGGGGGGGGAAGCCCCGCCGCUCCCGGUCGGCACCGACCCCGAUGCCCC